CAUCUACUUGUCUCCCUCAUACAAAAUAUCCCUAUUUAAUAACAUCCCUACCCUAACCUAAUACCUAUUUCAAACACUUUUCCUCCUCAACUCCCAACACCAACUGACAACAACAUUCUCUUAUAUCAAACUAACCUAAUCUCUCUUUCAUGGCCACCCUUUUCUCUCUCUUCUCCAUCACUUGUCUCACCCCAUAAACUAAAUAAUUAAUUUUCAUUAAUUUUUUUUCUAUCUUCUCUUUAAAUAAGAGCUUCCUAGACCUAUAUAGUAUCAACCUAGUUUAGUAUCUAGGUUGCUUUUGUUUCCUCUUUUUCAGCCACAUUCUCUAGGCUCUUUCACUUACAUUUAAACAACAAAAUAUAUUUCUGACACACUUACACCUCCUUAACUAUGUCUAGCAGAAGAUCUCAUUCGAGACAAUCUGGUGUUUCCACUGAAAUCUCUGAUGAUCAAAUUAAUGAUCUCAUCACCAAGUUGCAACAACUUAUCCCUGAACUUGCAAGGCGUUCCAACAAGGUUUCAGCUGCUAAAGUGUUGCAAGAGACUUGCAAUUACAUCAAAAACUUGCAUAGAGAGGUUGAUGAUUUAAGUGACCGAUUAUCACAACUUUUGGACACCAUAGACCCUAACACUCCUCAAGCAGCUAUCAUUAGGAGCUUACUUAUGUGAUCAACAUGUCUAAUAAAUUAGUGUUUGUGUUGAGUACAUGUCUUUUAAAAUGUCUCACUAGCUAGCUUGUACUUUAUAUUUAUAUCCUCACCCUUUCGACAUUUUGUAACAACUAUCAUUAUAUAACUAUUAUUAAUAUAAUGAAUUAAUUCCUAA